UUUUGAAAAUUUUAGUAAUAAAAUUGUAUAAUUUGAAAAUAUAUAAUUAAAUUAUAUUUCGAAAUUUAUAAUGCCAUAUUUAAAUAUAUUUAUUUUAAUGAUGAUUUAUGAGUUAUUUUCAUAAUCUAAAAAAAUUUCUAAAAACAUAAAUUGACAUUAAAUUUAAUAUAUGAGUUAUUACCAUAUUUUAAAAAGUUUACCAAAAAUAUAAAUUAACAUUAAAUGCAAUUUUCUAUGUCAUAUUAAGCUAUAAGACAUGUCAUCAGUUUCAAUAAGCAUGUCAUAUUUGUUUUGUGAAACUGAUUAUAGAAAGGACAUGUGACAAAAUCACUUCGUAAAUAUAGUUUAGGGGAUAUGAAUUGGAAAUAAUUAACUUGAACCUUUUAAAUGACCGGUUUUGAUCAAAUAUUUUAUAUGAAAUAUGGAAACCAAUUUAGAUAACCACCCCUUUUGGUAUAUAUAUAUAUAUAUAUAUAUAUAUAUAUAUAUAUAUAUAUAUAUAUAUAUAUAUAUAAGAUAUGUCACGAAAUAUAUCAUAUAUAUCACGAAAGUAACAUUAAAAUAAACGUUAAAUUGUUACAACAUACGUUAAGGCGAGAGUUCUUCUCCCAAACCGGUUUUAAAUUGUUAAGGCGAGAGUUCUUGUCUCGAACCGGUUUUAAAUCGUAAGUUACCAACUAAUAUGAUUUAAACAUUAUGUUAAGCACCAAUUAAUGAGUAAUGGCAAAGUAUGUAAUAAGUCUAGUAACGAGAGGAUUUUUACCUAGAGAAUGUGAGAAUAAAUAUGGUGUUGCUAGACAAGAAAUAACAUAUUUGUUAAUAGCACAUGAGCACAAAGUUAUGCUCCUACUUUAAUAUUAAGGGAUUAAAGCAAGUUCAGUCCUAUUAUUUUGUUGCUAGAGAUUUCGAGUAAUAUAGAACUUUUCCUUUAAUCCUGGUUCAUGUGGCACGUAGUUAACAUUCUAUUGAGAUUGAUUAUACUUAUAUAUAGUGUUUGACCAAAUUAGUUUAACAGCAUCAACCUCAUUAUCAAAGUAAUUUCCAUGAGAGGUUAUUCUCAUACUAAAAACAUAGGGUCUGAGUACCAAGAGUUAUUAUUUUAGCCCAUUAUCUUAACUAAUAAACUUAUAAACUACAAAACCUACGCUAAAUGCCAAGCCUAGUAAUAAAUUCCCGUGGAAAGAGCUUUCAAGAAGAGGAAAAUUAGAAUGUGCCAGGUUGCCAAAAAUCCCCCUAUGUCCUUGAUGAUGUGGACAUAUGAGGAAAGAACAUAACUCAACUUUAUUAUUAUAGAUAGAUAGAUAGAUAGAUAGAUAGAUAGAUAGAUACCUAGUCGAAGAAAAUGACGAGGAAAAAAAAUAUGACAUGCGGCUAAAAUUUAAAAGAAAUGGGUCUCAUGCCAAAAAGAGAAUGAAAACAAAAUUGUGUGGUUGUGAUUGAAGAAAAAAGAAUAGAUUUUGUGGUUGAAAUUGUCCGUUCGUUAAUCGGACGGAUGUGUUAUUGGUUUAUAUAUUUUGAUUGAUUUAGAAAUCCAUACAGUAUUUAUAAAUCCAAGUAAAAUAUACAAAUUUUCAAAUUCUCUCUGAUUAGUAUUUACAAAUCCGGAGGUUUUCCCUCAGAUUUGAGCAUUUGUAUUUUUAACAAAGAAAUCCAUGCAAAUCUAUUCAAAUACAUUAUGAAAUCAAAUCUAUUAGUAAAUCCGUAUGAUUGAAUAACACCUGAUUUGAAUUAGAAUUUAUGAAUCACUAAACGAAUAACACAUGAUUUCAAUACGUAUUUUAAAAUCAUAGAACCAAUAACACUAGAUUUAGUUUAGAUUUUUAAAUCCAUCAAAAUACACCAACCAAUAACCCCACGUAAAGUGGUAAUCUAUCCAUCCCUCGAAUCACUUAGAUUAAACUUAGUUGUGUGAGAACUUUUAAGGUCACUUGGACCAUAUUAGAUUAAAGCCCAUUUGAUAAAACAAAGAUUAAAGUCUUAAUUUGAAGUAGAAGUGGUUGGGCGGACUCUUUAGCAAGAGAAAUAAGAAUUAGUGGCUAUAUUUUCUUCCGUAUAGAUAAGACACAGAUAGACGAAGGUGCUUUUCGGAGAAUCGGCUUAUCUGACCAAACACUUUAUCUAUUUUAUAUGGAUAACUGAAAAAAAAAACUCCACAUCUUCUGAUUCUACUAAACUAGCAUUCGUGCAGCUAAGAUGGAUCGUAUCGGAAGUCUACCUAACGAUGUUAUUUGUCAUAUAUUGUCUUUCCUGACGACAAAGGAAGCUGGUUUAACCUCGAUUCUCUCCAAAAGAUGGCGUAAUCUCUUCACACUCGUCCCUAGCCUCGACAUUGACGACUCCGUGUUUCUUAUUCCUGAAGAAGGUAAGCGGGAACGAGAUGGUAUUCUUGAAAGCUUCAUGGAUUUCGUGGAUAGGGUUUUGGCUUUGCAAGGUGAUACUCACAUCAAGAAAUUCUCCUUGAAAUGCAAAACUGGCAUCGACACAGACCGUGUGAACCUUUGGAUAUGUAAUGUCCUCCAACGUGGCGUUAAAAGCCUUGAACUUGUCCUAGAUUUUCAUGGAUCCGAUGAUGACAACUAUAUGUAUUUUCUGCCCGAUGAGAUGUUCGUUAGUACCAAACUGGUAGAGCUGAGUUUAAGAAGCGAGUUUGGUGUUGAUUGGUCGCGUAGAGGUGCAGACACUUUCUUACCAAUGCUUAAGACUCUCACCUUUGAAUCUACGUGGAUUCUGUUGUGUGAAGAUCUUGAGGUGUUUCUCUCUGCUUUCCCUGUUCUCGAGGAGUUCCACAUGGCUGAUAUUCAGUGGCCGCAAAUGGAUGAAUCCGUGUCAAGUCAAAGCCUCAGGAAGUUAACUAUCUACGCUAGCGGUUUCCGAGACUUUCGGAAUCCGAAGAGCAUUUCGUUUGAUACUCCGAAUCUAGUUUACCUUGAGUAUUCUGAUUAUGUUGCCGCGGAUUAUCCAAAAGUUAACUUGCCCGAUCUAGCUGAGGCUGUACUCGACCUUAAGUUAAAUGGACGUGACAUUUUACUAAUACGAGCACCAAAUGAUGAAGAUGAUGUUUCUCUGCGUCUUAGAAAUGUGUGGAAGCUCAUAACUGGCUUAAGAAAUGUUCAGAGACUUAUCAUUUCUGCUGAGACUCUUGAGGUACUGUCUCUAUGCUGUGAGUCGAUGCCGGUGUUCAACAACCUCAAAUGUCUAGGUAUUAUUUGUGAUGCGGAUCUGGGAUGGCAAGCAAUGCCGGUUCUCUUGAGGAACUGUCCACAUGUAGAAACUCUAGUCCUUGAGGGUCUCUUACACUAUGUGACUGACAAAUGCGGGGAUGUAUGUGACUGCAUAUCUCGGGAGGACAAAGGGCGUUCUCUUUUAUCAUGUCCAGUAAAGAAGUUGGAGAUCAGAGAGUUUCAAGGAACAGUUAGAGAGAAAGAGAUGAUAAGGCAUUUCUUGGAGUCUUUCCCUUGUUUAGAUGAGAUGGAAGUAUAUGCCGACGACCAGAAAGCUACAAACUUGGAAGUAAAUAGAAUUUUUAAAAUCAUCGCACAUAAGGUCGACGAGGAGGAGGUCUCCACCAAGACGGUGCUAUUAUUAUAUGGCAAAUUGUUUUCUGAGAGUAUGUCCCAAACCCAGAUGGAGGAGAUCUCCUCUCAGUUUACACCCCGCAACAACAAAAAUAAGUACGAUUUUUUUUACAUCUUGCAUGGAGCUCCUCCUCCAACGCAGGAGAUGUCUCAGGACCUUAAAGAGCAGCUUGAUGCUGCUAAGACCAAACUUGCGGAACUUAAUGAGGAAUAUAAGGAGAGGCAACGAGUCCAUGAUGCUAUGUUUGAUGGAAUUGUUGAUCAGAACACGAUGAUAGCAUCAGCAUUGAAGGCUCGACAAUCUGCUGCAGAAUCAGAGGCGUCUAACGAUCAGGAGAAGAAGCGGGACUUCGGGGCUCUGUUUGAAAUCAUGGCGUACCUGUCUCCAGAUUUUGCAACAGCGUUGACGGCUACGUGGGACUGACUUAGAGCUAGGGGAGGCGUCGAGGGAUCAGGGGGAGAUGACCAAGCUCGACCAAACUAUGUCCACAGCUGUGGCAGCGUAUGUUUUGCCCCGAGAUGGACACUAGAUUUAUGAUUGUUUCUAAUUUGUAAAACUUAUACUUAUAUUACUCCCUCAGUAUCACUUUAAGUGGUGUUUAGAGUAAAAAAAAUUGUUUCAAAAUAAUUGAUAUUAUCAUUAUUCUAGAUAGAAUUUAAUA